UGAUUGUCAUUGGUUAUCGUUGUAUUAAUUUAAAUUAUAAUUAUUAUGGAUUCUCUGUUAAUACCAUAAUGUAGUAUAAUAAUAAUUAAAUGAAAUGGAAAGUAGCUAAUGGGAAACUUGAACCCUAUUAUAUGUAUAUUCGGAAUUCUGAAAAAUUUAAGCAACGCUACAAGUUUAUGAGGCCGGACUUUCAACGGAAUAUUAUUGCCAUAAAACUUAGAAACUAACAUGUGAUGCUUCGUAAUCAUCGAACAAUGUGCGUCUGGUAGGCGUGAUUUCGAUGUGGACAGCAGUGGACAGUUGGUUGUUGCUAUAGUUGGUUGAAGCUAGUGGCUGGUACGACAUUUAGUGGUUAAAUCUUAUAACAAAAAAGGAUAGAAACAGUAUUGUAGUCUUAAAUGAUAAUACAGUUGCAACACGAUUAAAAUUCUCGUGAAUGGAAGGCGUUACUGUCAUGUAGUGCAUACAUACAAUGACGUAUAGACGUCAAGUGCACACCAAGUACUUAUUUUUUUUCGACUGUUAUCAUGGGUUCCAGAUUGAGAGAUAAUGUUCAACAUCUCUUUGAAUGCUUUUGCGAGGUAGCUGCACCAUUGGGAGAAAAACUACCAUGGAUACUUCAGAAGUACCCUAGCUCCUUUUUGGAUGAAGAAAUACUUAAGUCGGUACCUAAAUUUGCAUACCCCUGUGAAAUAGAGAACCUGGUGGUACAACAUUUUUCAUUUGUACUCACUAGCAUUGAUUCUAAAUGGACAUUUGGAUUCUGUCGACAUGAUCCCAAGACAGACACUGGUCUAGUAAUUUUAAGUGCAUUACCAUGGCAUGAAAUAUUUUAUAAUCAUCUCAUUUUAUGUACGAAUAGGCUUUUAAACAAAAUUGCUACAUUGAUUCAGAGCACUGGCACUGGAGAAGAUCUUUGGAAAUUUUUUGAAACCGUAUAUAAUAGUACGGUUCCCAUUCCUGGUAGUUCCAUAUCGAUUCCUGUACCAAAUUCUAAAGUGAACUUUAUUUAUCAAAGUCCUAAGCAAUUUCAAUUACCGAGUAUACCAGAAAAUAGAAAUUUGACUGAAUAUUACAGUGCUGUUGAUGCUCAUAAUAUGAUGAUAGUGUUUGCUUCCAUGCUGUAUGAGCGGCGAAUUAUUUUCACUUCGAAACGUCUUUCAAGAUUGAGUGCAUGCGUUCAAGCGUGCAAUGCUUUAAUUUAUCCAAUGAUUUGGCAACAUAUAUAUAUUCCAGUUCUGCCAUUAUCUUUAAUAGAUUAUUUAUUAGCACCGAUGCCGUUUUUAAUCGGAGUACCGUCUCCAACUCUUCAGAGAGUCCGAAAAAGUGAUUUGGGAGAAGUAGUCAUAUUGGAUGCGGAUAACAAUAUCAUAGAGUCUCCGUUCGAAGAUUUAGAGUCUUUACCUCAAGACGUAGUAGCCAAUUUAAAGAAGGCAUUGCGCAAUAGAGCUACGCUACUCGGUGAUGGCGUGUCUAGGGCAUUCUUGCGAGCAUUGGUGCAGUUAACUGCUGGAUACAAGGAUGCAUUAAUUUUAGAGCAAGGCCAGUGUAUUACGUUUAACCAAAAUGCAUUUGUGGAAAGUAGGCCAUCUUCUAUGCAACCUUUUUUACGAAAAAUGUUGGAAUUGCAAAUAUUUCAACAGUUUAUAGAAGAAAGACUGAAUAUGCUUAAUUCAGGCCUUGGAUUCUCGGAUGAAUUUGAAGUGGAAGCUUGCAGCUAUUCCGCCAAAUCUAGCAGUAAGUUUAUGCAGCAGUAUCGAGAAUGGACGUACGCUAUGCGAAAAGAAAGUUCGGCAUUUUUCCGUAGUGUAAAAGAUAAGGCCAAUCCAGCUGUGAAGUAUGCAGUUAAAUCUGUGAAAGACAAAGGAAAGGAUAUGAAAACAGCGUACAAAGGACUGAAAUGGAAAGGUGGAAGGGCGAACAGAAGUGAAACAAGUAGGAGAUUUCACCAGCCGAGGUCUGCACCUAGUUCCCCUACUUCCGACAGGAGGCCUAUAGACUUUACAUCGCCACCAAAAUCACCAAACGGUUUCACCGCGACCACUAGCUAUAGGAAAGAUCUUCGGUUGCGUAAUAGUAAUUUCGCUGAUUCAAGUCCUAGUUCUCCGGAAGAAACUGAUUCUCCGCCAGAACGAGUGAACAUUGACCUUAUGCAAGAGCUUCGUCACGUAAUAUUUCCAAAUACACCUCCUGUUGACAGAACAUUGAAGCCAGUACGCAGUUUAGACAGUUUGAGACCUGCAUGGAGUGGGCAUAUGCGGCACGGUCCUCCACCUAGUACAAAUGUUGCAAAUCCCAUCAUCACAGUCACCUCGUCCGCAAAAACUCCAUCUCAUCAUAUUCCGCAUUCCAGCUUCGGUAGAUCAGUCGAUCGGUCGAACAUUUUGCUAGAUAUCAAUGACGUAUUAAUUGGUAACAUUCAAACCGGUGCAAAUAGAUCAUUGCCAUUGAAUUCGUUGGCCAUGAAAUCGAACAAUGUUGUCGAGAGUAAAACGGAAAAAAUGUCGUUUCCACCGGUUUCACAAGUAUGUGCGGAUAACGUAUGUUCGAAGAACGUAAGCCUGAACACGCAAAAAAUGAAAACGAAGCAACACAAAAAUAUUGUUGGACUUUGCUCGAGUAACGUGAAAUUUUAUACCGACGACAUUCUUACUAAUUAUGAUCCAGGAAUGGAUGGGAAAUCUUUUGAUUCACAUUUAAAAACUCUAGAAUCUUCUACUAGUCUAAAAGAUAAUGAUCCGUUCGAUACAAGCAAAGUGUUCACACCUUCCUACUUGCAAUCAACAAUUUUCCAAACCACAAGCGCAUCAUUGUCUGUUAAUUCGAACGUUUCAUACUAUGCAUUCAAUAGCACAUCCUGCUCUGCACAUUCGAAGGACUUCCCCGAAGUGCCAGAUUUAAUUAGAUUAGACUCGACAGUGAGUAGCGAUGACUUUGAUCCGCUGCUUUCCAAAUCCUCGGAAUUUCCCAGUUCGAAACAGAUGACGCAGUCAUUGCAUGCACCGGAAAUGGGAGAAGGCCUCAGCAACCCGCUAUACCCAUAUUUUCAACCUUUGCACAAAACCACCGAGAAGCCAAAAUCAUCAGACAAUAUUGGUGACUUGGAUCUAUUGCAAGCGUACGGCUUGGACUUUAAUAAGUUUAAUAUAAGUAACGGUGGUUCACCGACCAAAAAUGCUGCGACGUGCAACAGUACAUCCGAGAGUAAUAUUGGCAAUGUCGAUAGCGCGUUCAGCUUAACAUUGAACGCUACCGCCAUUAAAUCACAAAAUAAUUGGACGAAAUUCGAGUAAGUGAUACAUUAGCAAUGAAAUUACACAUGUUCACUUCACAUAUCACAAUUGUAAAUACAUAGGGGUAGUUAAUUUCUCACUUCGCUCUGUUCCAUUAAUUUACGAAAAUAUCAUCGAACCUUUACACUACGGAGUGAAUUAUAGUUGCUAAAUGCAGAUGAAAGAAUUUUACAUACAAAAGAUUAGUAAUAUAGUAUUACUAAUGAACAAAGAAUUGUAACGUUUUAGCACGAACCAGCGAAACGGGUUGUAGUGGUAUUGCUUUGUAGCACAACUCGUAAUAGAAUGUCUCCGUGCUUUUGUUACACGAAGAUAAUAAUGAUAGAUGUUCAAAUCAAUCGUCCAUUCAUGCAAGUUUUUAGUCAGUCCCCCAUGUUUGCACAAAACUUUUGUUAUACUUUCAACUGUAAAUGCUGGGAAUGGGAGAAUUCUACCGAACAUUGAAAUUAACACUAGAAAAUCAUUGGAAAUAUAUACCAUUUAAUACAUAUAUUAUUUAAAUAAAAAUUUUAAGUAUAAUCUAAUCUAUAUACAUUGAAAUCAUUAAAAAGCGUAAACUCAUGAAACGGAAGUCGUAUUCACGCAAACAAAUAAUACUGAUAAUGUGUAAAAGUACUCAUAAAUUAUCACUUACAUUACAUGAUUAUUUGUAUCGUUCAAAAAAUGAUAUUUAAUCCACAGUAACAUAUUCUCAUUUCUUUUGAGUUUAUCAGUGAUCAGAACAUUGAAAAUAUUUACUUGUAAACGCAACAAUAGAAGAAAAAGAAUGAUCAUCUUUGAUACUCAAAUGGUUGAUUUUCAUCGAGAACGCUCAUGUUUAAUUGAAUAUGCUGGUCAAUAAAGGUGAUCAACGCAACGUUGUUUGUCUAACAUAACUACUUCCACGCGCUACCCUCGAACGUAAUCAAAUCGUGUAUUAUAUUAAUAAUUAUCUUUAUCGCACAUAAUCGGUAAAUAGUAGAAUUAAUGAAUCGAAACUUAUUGAAUAUGUUUAUUGGAAUCAUUAGUUUGUCAUUGUUAGGUUUGAAGUAUAUUAAUUUUUUAACGAUUGUUGCACAUUCGUCGUUAACGCUUUAUAAUAAAUGAAGAUGAGAAAUAAAUGCUUUCUCCAUAA